AUGGUGCAGCGGGAGACGGAAAUAACAACAGCACGCCGCUCGAAGCGGUCGGUUGCCGGUGGUACACCGGACACCGAACCGAACGCCAUCGUUAGUGAGCAGCGCUUCGAAGGGCUCGCGCUAGAGGGCGUGAGCCCACAGCACACCCACCAUGCGGUGGAAGUGAAGACGGCGGCGGACAAUGCCGAGGUGGAGGCAAUCAAUCGUGAAGAGGAAAUCAUUAAGAAGCGAAAAACGGAGCUAACGACAACGCGCCAGAUAGAGACGCGCGUUAAGCGGCAGCUACUGUUCGAGGAUGGCAAGGUGGUCGAAGAUUCUGGCCCGAUCGUGUCGACCAACACGACCGAGGACACGGACAAACAGGAAACGGUACAAACCGAGCACCGUACACUGGGCGAUCCGGAAGCGGUGGAGGCGAAUGAGUCCGGCAACCGGCUGGCCGGUGCUGGACAGACCGGUGGCGGUGACGCCACCCAGCAGCCCACCCUGCCGGUCGAUACUGUAAGCAGCAACGCACCAAAGACGACCGGCGGCACCAUCGUGGCCCGGCCUCCCGAUGGUUUGCUGCGCAACAUCAAGGAGGAGGUGGUGGUGUCGCGGGAGGAAACCAAGGAACGCACCGAGGUGACCGAACAGAAACAUUUUGGCGAUUUUACCGACGACACGUACCUGAGAGCGAUCAACAGUGGUGUGGACGAUAUACGGGAACUGCUGCUGUCGGAGAAGGCGCGCACCGAGCAAACGCCAACCGGGCCACAGCUGGUACAGCAAUCGAUCAGCUCACGGAAGGUCAUCGACAGUGAGGACACCGACAUUCGGCAGCUUGCCAAACCGGACGGUACGCUCGUGACGGAGAAGGAACAGACGCGCCAGCACGAGGAGCUGUACGACGACGAACUGCCGGAGACGGACGAGCAACGGUUGCUGCCGGGCUACGAUCAGGUCGAUAGUGGCGAACGUGUAAUCGACCAGAAGUCGUCCGCUCAGCGAUACUUCAAGCAACGCGACGAACAGCAUGUGGAUUUGAUCGGCCCGAACGGUGAAGUGAUCGGACACGAGAUGCGGUACGCAGCAGAACAAACACAGAUGGACAAGGACGGUGGUGGUGAUGGUGGCCGUGGCGGUGACACCGGUGGUGGAUUGCUCUCCGACUGGGACAGUCUAUCCGAUCGGUUGCGCAAAGCACGCCGGCUGGGACGGCAUCCGAAGGAGCUGGCACUGGUGGGUCAACCGGGGACCAACAAUCUGCCGGGCGUAGUACCGGUCCUGAACGAUCGGCUCGAUGCCCUCACCAAGAAGCCGCUGGACUUCGACAAGGAGGAGGAAACGCGCAAGCAGGAAACGAGCAAGUGGCUCGAGUCACAUUUCGGCAGCGAAUCACGGUCGUCGCGCGAUUCACGCGAAGAUCUAGACGAGCUGGUAGAACCAACGAAACGCACCUACUUCAACGUAACGAUAAAAUCUGGCGACACGGUCGGUGGUCCCACGGGGGAACCGGAUGGUCCAGGUACCGGUGCACCGUACCGGCCGGGGCGUGGUGUCCCACCGGGGCCCACACAUUUCCAAGGUGUUUCCGAGUGGACGUCGGAUAGGGCGGGCCGGCGAGGGCUAACGACGUCACGGGAGGAUCUUCUGCUGGAGGGUUCAAGUCACGAUGCGGGCUAUCGAUCGGGGGAGCGUCACCGUUCCGGUAGUGAAGAUGCUCGCCCGGUGCAACGGCUGCUAUCCUCCGUACAACCGGGCCGUCGGGAGGACGCUGGUGUACCGAUGUACGCAUCCGCCUAUCUAACCACUCCACGACCGAAAACGAACGGCGAGCGUAACUUCAACGCACGGUACGGUCGUUCAGUGUCACCGGAUCGACACUCUAUAGGCCAAACGAUGCCGGACGGUCGCCCUACCGUACCGCAACGGCGCAAGGUGCUCGAACGGCGACAGGUUGCCGUCCAGCAGCAGCAGCAACAGCAGCAACAACAGCAACCGUAUCAUAGCAAACCGAUCGGUCCGAUCGUGCACGGCUAUGCACCGCGCAGUCGCUCCGUCUCACCGAUACAGAUACCACCGGUGGUGACUACACUGCGCAAACCGUACCAGAAGACACGCUUCAGCAGCAUCCAGGAUCUAAGUCACGCCGGUGGACCGCAACAUCAGCAGGUUCAGCGUGCGGCUAGCCGUGCGCAGAGUACACCACCGAAGGCGAACCGCGUCGGUUCCGCCAUCGGCAACUCCAUCCGCAAGCUGAUGGGCAAGAUCCGUUCUGCCAGUGCCGAACGGAAGCUCAAGCUAAAAAGCAACAAGCAACAGCUACAGCAGCACCACCAACGAUCCCAAUCACCGACACCGUCAGCACUGGCCGGUGGACAGCAUAAGCGGCAGUCCGCCACCUACCAACAGUACAACGUGAUCGACGGGCACAUCAGCAGUAGCGGUGGAUCCCCGCUGCUCAACCACCACCAUCACCAUCCACAGCACACCAGUCAGUACGGGGGCGACGAUCAGCGACUUGCCAGCCAUUCACAGUCACAGUUUGCUGCCAGUCACAAACCGAACGGUGCCGGUGGUAGACGCGAAUCGGAUCGCGCUCGGGAACGUAACUACACGGAGCGGCGUGGUUCAUCGGACAUACUGUCCGACAUGACCACCGGAAGCGGUGGGCCAACGCCCCGCCAAAAGUACUACUUGGGCGAAAACCCGUACGGUGGCAGCAUCUUUGGCAAGGAGAACAAAUACAAUCCAGCGGCAGCAGCAGCAGCGGCUGCGGCGGCGGCAGCAUCUGCCGGACGCGAUCGACGCGAGGAACGUGUCUACACCACCUCCCAUACACGGUCGUUCAGUCAGCCACCACAGACAAACCUGCAUACACUCGGCCGGUUCAGCAAAAGCACCAAUCGACUGCCAACGUCGGCAGGCGGUGGAACCCAUUACGAGCAUGAUCCGGGCGUACAGUACCAUCCCGGUGGUUCCGGGUACGGGGUCACCAGCUCGCAAACACUCCCCCGCAACGAUCAGCACCGUCUUCAGCGUUCGAAACCACUACACUCGUCCACAAUAAACGUAUCGAUCGUCAACACGGUCAACACAAACGGCACAAAACCUCUGGCCAACACUGGCCCAGUCAAACCGGCCCGCACUUACAAAGCCCUCAACCGAAGCAAAUCCUUCAACGUGCAUGGACUGAACGGUACGAACGAUCCGAGCCCGAUCUACCUGGAAAAGCUGAGCCGCGGUCCGGCCACAGCCGGCAACGGUGCAACGCCCGGUAUGGGUACCGGUUUCUACCGCUCCAACUCCCACCUGGACCAGUACGCAACGUCUAAAGAGUCACCACUGCAGCUGAAGAGUCCCUCGAUCGUCAAUCUGGUCAGCCGCAGUACCCGCGAUCUUACGCAGAGCGGUGAUUAUUAUCCGAACGAACGUACCAGCCCGGACGGGCCGACGCUCGACAAAAAGAAUGUGUUUCUGCGCAAUUUGCAGAAUCGUGCGCCGGAACUGUAUCGUACGCUGCAUGGUGGCGGUACGGAUUCGCACACGAACGGCACACCAACGUCACGCGAAUACCUCAACACGUACAUAACGCGCGAGCAGGAACAAACGAUCGGCACCCGGUCACCGGUAACCAUCAACAAAGAUACGGCCAGCAUCGUGCGGCGCGGUAGUUCCAGUACCGAUGAUUAUCCCGACUCAUACCGGCUUCCGGCACGCCGCAUCGACGCUAACGAGCAUAAGCCGGCUGGCACGCAGCCCCGGACGAAGCACUACUACAAAAAGACAACCUCUCCGUCGCCGGCGCGUUUGGACCGGAAUGUCGUGGGUGGUGGCCGCUACCGGACAGAAACAGACCUCAAGUACCAGGACAUGCCGGGUGGAGGUGGUGGCGGUGGCGUCGUUAUCGAACUGCGCAGUAAUUCCUAA